CGCGGAGCUGCGGACCAACUGUUGCCGCCGGGGCCGCCUGGGUGGCCAGGCCAGCGCCGCGCUAUGCUGUCUCUCCUGCUGGUCUUCGCGGGCCUGGCGGCCUCCUCCAGCCCGCAGUCUCAGAAGCUGCAACUUACGGUGCCCUACAGGGUGGAGAGUGACGAGGAUGGCGCGGCGCCCGCAGCGCAGGUCACGUAUAUCAUCGAUAUCGAUGAGAAGAGUUACACUCUCCAACUUGAAAAACAAUCUCUUUUAGACCCAGAUUUCCUGGUGCAUUCAUACAAGUCAGGAAAACUGUACACACAGUCUUCUCUUCUGAAGGAUCAUUGUUUUUAUGAAGGACAUGCAGCAGAAGUUCCAAAGUCAUUUGUGGUAUUAAGUGCCUGUGCUGGACUCAGAGGAUUGUUACAGUUUGAGAAUGUCAGUUAUGUGAUCGAACCAUUGGAGUAUAUACCUACAUAUGUGCAUAUGAUUUAUCAGAUCAUGAAUAAUAAGGCUCACUCCUCGUUACCAGAAAGCUACACUGUGACUCCACCUCCACCUCAGUCCUACAGAAUUCAUGUGAAACAAGAAAAACAAUCGUGGGGUGCACUCUUGCCAAGGACUCUGAAAAUACAAAUCAUUAUGGAUAAAGCCUUGUAUGAGUAUAUGGGCUCAGAUAUGACAUUGGCAGCUGAAAAAAUAGUUUUCAUCUUUCAUCUUAUGAACACUAUGUUUUCUCAGCUUAAAAUGAAGAUUUUUCUAUCUUCUUUGGAGGCCUGGUCAGAUCAAAAUAAGAUUUCAACUGAUGGAGAUGCUGAUGAUGUGCUACAAAGAUUUUUGUCAUGGAAACAAAAUGUUUUGUCUCAAAGGUCCUAUGAUAUGGCAUAUCUAUUAAUUUAUAGGGAUCAUCCUGAUUAUGUGGGAGCAACAUAUCACAGAAUGGCCUGCAAUCCAAAGUUUGCUGCAGGAAUUGCCUUGUACUCAAAGACAAUAACUCUAGAGGCAUUUUCAGUUGUGUUGGUGCAGUUGCUUGGGAUUAACCUGGGAUUAACAUAUGAUAACAUCUAUUACUGUGACUGUCCAGGGAAUGCAUGCAUAAUGAAUCCUGAAGCAAUACAUUACAGUGGGAUAAAGCUUUUUAGCAGUUGCAGCAUGGAUGAAUUUAAGCAAAUAGUUUCAAAAUAUGAACUUGAAUGCCUUCGGAAUAAAACAGUUUCAAAAGUGGUUUAUGAAGCACAACAAUCAACAUGUGGCAAUGAAAUUUUGGAGGAAGCAGAACAAUGUGAUUGUGGCUUGCCAGAGAGAUGCAAAUACAAAAAGUGCUGUAACGCUGAAGAAUGUACACUAAUCGGGACUGCAGAGUGUGGAACUGGGCCAUGCUGUAAUCCAAACUCGUGCACUUUUCUGGAAAGAGGAACUUUAUGUAGAAACAGCAUGGACCCUUGUGAUUUUCUUGAAUUUUGCAAUGGAACAUCUGAGCUUUGUCCAAGAGAUACAAGAGCUGAUGACUUUGAACCAUGUAGUAAUCACACGGCAUACUGCUAUAGAGGAAGAUGCAGAGAUACAGAUCUUCUCUGCAUGGAAAUACAUGGAAAAUUUGCUCAGGGAGGUACAGAUCUGUGUACAAUGGAAAUAAAUUUUCAAAAUGAUGACUUUGGAAACUGUCGUGGAAAAAAAUGUAGUUUUUAUCAUGUUAUCUGUGGAAAGGUAAUAUGUGAAUGGAAAAAUACAGAAGUGAUAAGGACCUCAACGCACAUCUAUAAUCUUCAGUACACAUACCUUGCAGGCCAUGUAUGUGUGUCUGCUCAGUUUAGAAUACCAGCACCUCCUGGAGCAGUUGAUAAAAGUCAAGCACCUGAUGGUCUUAAGUGUGAUGAUUCUCGGUUUUGUUUACGUGGAAGCUGUAAUGAUGUGACCCAUUAUGUCAAUAAAACACUGUGUAACUCAGUUGUUAAAUGCCAAGGACAUGGGGUUUGCAAUAAUUUUCAUAACUGCCAUUGUGAUGCUGGUUAUUCUCCCCCACACUGUGACCCAACACCAUCAUCACCUGGAGGAAGCAUCGAUGAUGGGUUUUGGUAUGGAACAGAAAGAAUGAGACCCUUGAAAAUUAAACGAAGACGACGUGCUCCUCCUAACAAAAAAGGCCUUUGGAUUAGUUUCUUCGUUUUUCUACCUUUCCUCAUUUUAUCUGCAUAUUUUGUCCUCAAAUGGAACAAAACGAAGGGUCACUGGCACAAAGCAGCAAUCAUAAGUGAAAACUCUUUACCAGAAGACAGCAGUGAUAACAGCAAUCAGUCAUAGAAUUAAAGUCCAACUGAAACAUUAAAUUAUUGAUAUGAA